AUGCUUGUUGAAGUCAAUGUAACAAAAACUAUACCUCAGCAGAUAGCAGUAGUGGAUCCAAAUGGGAAAACAUUUAUGCAGGAAGUAGUGUUAGAAUGGAGGCCUCAAUAUUGUGAUAGGUGCCAGAAGAUUGGACCAAUAUCACAGCAGACUGAGCAAGAGAAGGUACCUGAACAAGCAAAAGAGAACAAUCUUAGUCCACAGAAGAGUAAGCAGGAGGCAGAACAGGAGAUAGAAAAGAAACUAGAUCAGCAAACACCAAGGAGUAUUGGUGAGCACUCUAAUAAUGCAGAUAAUCAGCUGGAAUUUAGUUUGGCUAACUUUCCUGUUAAAGAAAUAAGUAAGGAUUAUCAGAUUAUAUUGACUGUGGUGUAUGGAUUUAAUACAAUUGAACAGAGGAAAGGUUUGUGGCAAGAAAUGAAUAUAAUGUCAAAAGGUAUCUCUCAACCAUGGCUCAUAGUGAGGGAUUUUAAUGCUUUUCUUUCAUCUAAAGAUAGGUUAGCUGGAGUUCAUGUUACUAUUAAUGAGAUCAAAGACUUUGCUGAGUGUGUGAGAGAUACUGGUGUCAAUGAAUUGCAAUGGAAAGGUAACUACUAUACUUGGACUAACAAGCAAUGUGGGAGGGAUAGAAUUUCAAGUAGAAUUGAUAGAGCAUUUGGGAAUGAUGAAUGGAUGGGAAAAUGGGGGCAUGUUAAUGUAGAAUAUGGGAAUCCAAGCAUAUCUGGUCAUAGUUCUAUGCAGAUUUUACUACAAAAAACUCAGCAUCAUGGGAAAGUUAGUUUUAAAUUUUUCAAUGUAUGGACUGAGCAUGAGUCUUUCAUGGAUAUGGUGGAAUCUAUAUGGAAAAAAGACUAUGGUAACAGUAUAAUGAAGAAGGUUUGGUGUAAGUUGAUGGAUCUUCAACAUGUAUUGAAACAGUUGAAUAGAAAGGAAUUUAAAUACAUUAGGAAACAGAUUGAGAUGGCUAGACUGGAGAUUGCAAAAGUACAAGAUCAGUUAAGUAAGCAAGCAACUGAUGAUUUGAUUGUGCAGGAAAAAGAGUUACUGAUUAAACUUGAAAAAUGGUCAAUGAUAGAAGAAAGUGCUUUGAGGCAGAAGGUAAUCUACCAGCCAAUAAGUACUCAGGUGAUGAAAAGAGGACCUACUUUGACAAAACAGCAAAGGUUACAAUUGUGUGCUGCAGUAACAGAACAAGAGAUAUAUGAUGGAUUGCAGUCCAUAGGGAAUGAUAAGGCACCAGGUGUAGAUGGAUAUAAUGCUUUAUUUUUUAAGCAUACUUGGCAUAUCAUUAAAGGUGAUAUUAUUGAGGUUGUUCAGAGUUUCUUCACAACAGGGAAAUUAUAUAAGUCAUUCAAUUGUACUUUAGAUUCUCUCAUUCCAAAAGUCAAGAAUCCUAAAACUGUGAAAGAGUACAGACCAAUUGCCUAUUGUACUGUGGUAUAUAAGAUUAUCUCCAAAGUGUUAACAAAUAGAUUACAUUAUGUUAUACAUACUGGCAUUUGUGAUAGCCAGGCAGGUUUUAUUCCAGGAAGGAAAAUCUUUGAUAAUAUAUUACUUGCUCAUGAAUUGGUUAAAGCAUAUACUAGGAAACAUAUUUCUCCUAGAAGCAUGCUGAAGGUUGACUUGCAGAAAGCUUAUGAUUCAGUUGAAUGGGAAUUCUUGGAACAAAGUACUCAAAGUUUUGAUGCAGCUAAAGGCCUUAGACAAGGAGAUCCAAUGUCUCCAUUCUUGUUUGCUAUAGCUAUGGAGUAUCUUAGUAGACUUCUUAAGGGUCUUAAGGAUGAUAAAGCUUUUAAGUAUCAUCCUAAAUGCUCUAAACUUGAUAUCACUCACUUGUGUUUUGCAGAUGAUCUGUUACUUUUUUCUAGAGGAGAUCUUGAGUCUGUUAAGGCUAUUCAAAUGUGUUUUUCACAGUUUUCUCAAGCUUCAGGGUUACAAGCAAACCUCAAUAAAAGCUCAAUAUAUUGUGGAGGUGUUCAGAUGGAAGUAAGGCAGUAG